CUUGAGUAGAUGAGUGCGUACUCUUGUAGUUCGCUGCAAAUCUUCGCAUGCCAAUGUUGAAGUCGAAGAAGUGUCGCUUUGCAACUUCUAUGAUUGUCCUGUAUGUGCUGCAACUGAGGUCCUCGUCCCCGAACUCAUCUUUUGCUUCUAUCUAGUUCCACUUCGUGGUUAUGAAUGUGUUUUUGUUCUUCAUGUGUGCCCUCACCAAAGCAAGCGCGUGCGUUUUUUGUAAGAGCUGAUUUUUAGAUUUAGAUAGACAUUGGCUUGCUGUUGUUGGAGCUACUUAUCUCUGCAGUGCAUUGGAGUGGUACGAAGCAGUUCACUUGUCGGAUUCAUUCUUCAUUCUCAUUCCCCCCGAAGGAACAACGAGCGCAUCUUCAAAACUUACUUUGCGGAAAUACAUCUUCAACCUCACUACUUGAAAGAAGAUGGCCGACGCCAGCCGGGGCUCCUUUUUCGAGUGGAUUCCCGAGGCGCAACUCAAGCUGGGCGCGGAGGUGGAACAGGACAAGGAGUGCAACUCAGAAAUCACCGUUUUCGGCGACGUUGCCUCGGAGGACAACAGUGACGGGUGCGACAGGAGAAGGACCACAUUGACGAACCCAGGACCCCUUUCACUUUCUGCCUCUCGUCUACCUUCCACUUCCAGUGUUGAAAAUACAUCUUCCACCAUUGCAACUACAAGCACAUCUGGAUCUGCGGCAGGACCAAGGACGAGGGAGAUAAAAACUACCUCGCCGCACAACAAGGACGACGGUGCAGUAGUUCCACCCACGAAUGAAGAGCCAACUGGUCGUGAUGGUUCUUCUUCUUCUUCUUCUAGCAAACAUCUGAAGGAGCUUUCCUGUAGUUCCGUGGGAGCAGGUGGAGGACUCCCACUCCGGAGCAGGAUAAAAAACAACUACGCGAACAACAAACGCGGUCGAGGACCCACGAUUUCUCUCUACAACCAGCAUGAGGUGCUUAAAAAUGAUCGUGCGCGACGAGUUGUAACGACAAGCGGGAACAGUGCCUCCACCGCGAGUGUAGUUUCAUCCGCAGUUGUAAACACGAAAGUUGCACCUUCAAGGCCGAUAGACCACCACUUCGCAGCUUCAUCUGGAGUGCCGGGAGGUCGCGACGAGUGGAAGAGUACUGUUGCUGGUUCGUGCAGCAGCAGCACCGGCAGCCAGAGUACAACGGCAAGAAGAAGUAGUAAGGCUGUUCAUACGAACAUCAACAAUAACCUCGGAACAACAUCACGACCGAGCGGAGGUCCUCGCGAGUAUGCGUAUGCCAAGAACAAGCCCACUACGUCCUCCUCCUCCACAAGCUGCUCGUCCAGCUCCAAGAAGCGCCAGCGCUUUUCGUGCGGCGGAGCCACGCCUGCCCUCGGCGAUGCGGUGUUGCUGUUGAAGGACCGCUGGAACACGGCAAGAAAAAAUGUGGUUGCUGCAAAUACGACAUCAACUUGUUCCGGGGCGUCUGCGUCUGGUCGCGGUGGAUUUCGAUUUUACAACUUGAAGAGCAGAAUGACAACUUCGUACAACACGGCGACCAGCGUCGCGGAUGCGGGCGAGUUGAGCGAGGAUGUCUACGAAGAGGAGGAGGCGGAGGGUGUCUAUUCUUCGGACUCCGAAGAGGAGCUGGUCCGGAACCGCAAGGCCGCGAAGCAGCGUGAGAGCGUCGCUUCGUGUGGCAACAGUAUUUCAGCGGGAACCAUCGCGUCCUGCGGAAUCAUGCUGGCGGAGGAAGAAGAAGAAAUUCUGGACCGCUGGAUCACCAGCACCAGUAGAGACUGCGCCAACGCGGGCGGAGGAGGGGAAGGACAAAGAGAACGAGGACGAGGUGGACCACCUUCAUCUGGUCGUGGACGAGGUUCUUUUGACUUCACAACGACAAGAAGAACAACUCGACGCUCCUGCACUGGCGGGCCAGCAGCUUGUGGUAGUCCACCUAGUCGUGGUGGAGUGCGGGACGACGAGACAUUUUCAACGAAAAACUUCGAGUCGGGAAACAGCAGUAGCUCCACCGCUAGGAGACCAGUUUUCUCGUCAGCUCCUGGAUCGUUUUAUUCGCCGUUCUCAGAUGAAAGUUGUACUAACGCUGCAACCUCUACCUCUUGCAGCGAUACAACAAAUAGAUUUAGCGGUUCUAGGCGGAUGAACUGCGACCACCACGACGCACACGCUGUUGAGGCUGCGGAGGAAGACACCAGGAGAAGAUCGUGCUCAACAACUACAAGGUCACCGUGCGGGGGUAUGUUGAGUCCAAAUGGUGCCCUCUCGGCGAGUUGUUCCAACUCGGUGAAUAUCGUAAACAACUUCAAGUCCUGCGGGACCGGUCUUUUCGGGCGUGAUUGCAGCUCCACUUCUACCUGCUCGACGCGCGACGCGAUCGCGACCACUACCGCCUCGCGCAGUCCCUCACCCGGUGCACUUUCAGCGCGAAGACCCCAGUGGAGUAUCGGUAUGAUGAACAAGGUCGCGAACAGGGAGGACCGAGGACAAAACGACGAGGACUCGUCGUCGAACCAGAAUGAAGACUACAGCAAGCAGCACGACGGUGAGGACCGAGAAGAUCGCAACUACCUGAAGGUGUUCCCCACGACAAUGUCGAUGUUGAACAGUGUGCAACUGCUGAACAGCGUGAACAGAGCGCUAAACGCAGCCACCCGGGCGAACGUGUCGCAAAUUUGUGCGUCGAUGUUGGCCAUCUUGCCGCUAAGCGGGGGCUUGCUGGCGGCGGGCGCGGCCGCGCCGGCGGCCGGAGUAGCGAUGGCAUUUUGUCCCAAUCCACUGCUGGCGGAAAUGGGCGAGUAUUUGGAGGAGGUCAUGCCGGAGAACUGGUAUAACGUAUGAUAAGGAACAGCAAAAAUUUGAAAAGGGUUGCGUGUCUAGUUCUUUCUUGACGAUGAUUUCAAAAAAAAAAAAACUAUGAUGAAUUUCAUCAAUUCCACACUCUGUCUGCAGGUCCAUGUCGUCACAGCAGAACGGCAUGCUCGUGGUUACCUUUUGCCAAGGAAGUCUCGCCUUGGGCAGGAUCUUCCUCGGGGACGUGUUUGGUGGCGCUUACGCUUUGAUGCUCGCAACGCUUGGGUACAACUCGAGACACCCGGGACCCGCGGCGAACUGGUAUUUUUAAAAAUGCUGCUGGUGGUCGAGUAUAUCAACGUCAUGCUGAUAUUACUUGUUUGUUAUGUUCUUCUUGGCUCUCAUCAACCUCCUCUAGCAGCUGUAGGAUCAUUUCAAAUUCCUGUGCCCUAACUAUCCGCAGUGUCCGUGUCGUGGUUCGGACAUCAUGAUGUUCUUACGAAGAAAACAAACACAACAACUGUCUCGUCUAUCAGGCUAAAGACCUACAUUCUGAUCACGUUCAUCAACGGCACCGUCGAGCUUCUGGCCAUCACAUUUGCCCGCCCGGAAAGUGGUGGCCAAACGUGAUCGCUGCGCUUUUGCUCGGUCGGCCGGAAAAUGAUGGCCGGGGAGCUCUUGUCCGUCACUUUUUCCCGGGCGAAAAGCGAUGGCCAAAAGUGAUGGCCAAGGAGCUCUCGGCCACCACUUUUGCCCGAUCGGAAAAUGAUGGCCGAGGAGCUUUCGUCCCUCACUUUUGCCCGACCGGAAGCAAAGCGAUGGCCGCCAAAAGUAGUGGCCGAGGAGCUGCUUUUGGGUGGCCAUCACCUUGCCUGCCCGAGCGGAAGGUCAUUGACGGCCAAGGAGCUCCUGGCCGCCAUUUUUGCCCGGGGAGACAGGAAGCAACGUUUGCUCGACCGGAAAGCGAUGGCCCAACUCUUGCCCGGCCGGAAAGUGAUGGCCAAGGAGCUCGCCGCCCUCACUUUUGCCCGAGUAAAAAGUGAUGGCCGAGGAGCUUCUGGCCACCACUUUUGCCCGAGCGAAAAGCAAGGUCAAAAAGUGAUGGCCAAGGAGCUCCUCCCGGCCACCCAUCACUUUUGCCCGAGCGAAGGCGAAGAGAUCGCCGGGGAGCUCUUGGCCAUCACCUUUGCCGUGCCGGAAAGUGAUGGCCGAGGAGUUGAUCCCUGUUUUCGGGCGGGAAAACAGGGGCAGUCGGGCUUGUCGACGCUUUCUGUAUCAAAAUCACACUGAAGUUGAUGCGCGGCUUUGUUCUGCGGCUCGCCAGGGCGUGCAGCAUAACACUCUGCGCGACGGUAUGGCGUACAGAUACAGGGGAGGCGUUGAAUCUGUUACACGAAGCUUCUAGACGAGACCUUCUAAGCACAUUCGUUUAGAAUUAUUUUUCUAAGUGCCUCCUAUAGAUUAUAGCAAAGGGGGAGGGCAAAGUCGUUUCACUAUUAUUAUAAUUAUCAGGCUAAAGACCUACAUUCUGAUCACGUUCAUCAACGGCACCGUCGGGACCGUGGAUUUCAUUCAGAAUCUUCUCCUCGGCAACUUUCCCGUGAUCUCCAAGGCCUUGCCCCUCGCCGUCAACGUCGCGCACUUGGUCCAGAUUUCCGUGCCGAUUAUCAGCUUCGCGGGGGCGUACAUUGGGUGGCAGUACAUUCGGGCGCAGCGCAGCUACAUAUCAAAUGCAAAUCUGUCUGGGUCUGGAAGAGUGGCGGAACUUGUAAUGCUGCUCAUGCAACACAGGUCCUGUGUUGCAUGAGCAGCAAGAGGAGUCAGUUCUUGGCACGCGGAGAGGGCUUUUGUCAUGCGUAACUAGCAUCAAGAAGCUCUCAAAAAAUCUGUGAUGCUAGCACCAGCAUCACAGACCUGACCGGUCAUGCAAAAUGUGCUUGAUAAGCCCCGACCCUUCCAGACCCAGACAUGUUUGCAGUUCAUACUACAUGGCCAAGUACCACUACGAACAGCAGAAGCCGCCGCUGCCGCACCCCAGCUUGCCCUGGCCCCCGCCGGCGUUGCCGCCACCCGCGGUGCUGGAGCACAUGAGCCGUAAGUAGGGGAAAUCAUAUUCAUAUAUCAUUCUUUUUUUGUAGUGUGCAGCUUAUAAUUUGAAUUUCUGCUAGUGUCAUCUACAACUAGUAGGUCUUGGUUGUGAUAAAAAAGAAUUGAAUUGAAGUACUUCAACAGCGGAACAUAUACAGAAAUCGGAAAAACAUGGCACUACCAAUAAAGAUAAACUACGCCUCUCCAGGUGAAGUCGAAGCGUUCCAGAAGAGGUUGCAAGACAUGACGGACAAAGACGGCGCUCUGAUCAUGGAGGUUUCGGUAUGGAGUUCUCAAACGUUACAUUCUCAACUGUUACAUGAAUUUAUGACGCAAGAAUGGCAAAAGUGAUAGGGCUGAUCUUGCGCGUCUUGCAUGACAGAUUUGGCGCCGAUUGUCAGCCUGGUUGGCCCUCUGAGAAUUUGUCACGCGAAGCAGCCUGAUGGUGUCGACUCUGAAGGCAAUUUUGCAUGACAAAAAAUCAUGCAACAGUUGAGAGCGUAACGCUUGAGAGCGCCACACUCGGAUGACGAGGGAUACGAAUCCGAAUCUUCUUCGGAGGAGGAGAGCGAAGAUGAUGACGACGAGGAUUCUAGGCCGAGCGCCAAGAGGCAUCAUGGUACGCAUCAAAUGAAGAUGAACACGACUGCCAGUGGCGUGGUUGGUAACUCGAGUACUACAAAAACAAAUGGCACUACGCGCGGCGUGGUUCCCCCGCAGAAGUCGCAAAAUAUUAAGCGGGAGGAGCCCCCACGGGCGAUUCUGGAAAAGACCAUCAUCGAUACCAGCGACAUCACGAUCACGCUGCACAAGAUGGACGACCGGCCGAAAAAAGUGGACCCGUAUCCGAACAUCGUGACCGCGCCGAAUUUGUUUCCCACGUCUAGCACGACGACGAAAAGUACCACUGCGUCGAGCAGCUCUUCGAAGGACGAAAUCGACGCGAAGUUGCGCGCGGCUGGUUCAUAUCAACUGCAAAUAUGUGUGGGUCUGGAAACUUGUAAUGCUGCGUUGGGAGUAGUGAUAGUGAAUGCUCCUCUGUAAGUAAUGCAUGGCCAAGCAUGAGAAAUAUGAUCUGCCCUUCUUUGUAUAUGCGUUUUUCGCGGCAUGACAAACUGCGUUUUUGCAUGACAGGAAAUCGCUUGCUGGUUAGUAUGUAUGCGUGACAAGCUGGCUGUGUUUUGCAUUCGUGGCAGUCCAGGAAAAAAAGAACUGGUGAAGCGAUCGGAUCGGCGAGGUGCGUCAGGGGGCGUCACUCAUUCAUUCAUUCAUUCUUGGACACGCAUCAGAAACUUUUUGGUUAUGCCAGACAAGCAUGACAAAUCUCGCAAUCUUCCAGACCCAGACGUUUUUGCAUUUGAUAGCUCAUCCAGCACGUCUGCAGUCCACCAGGGUAUCGAGCGGAAAAGACCGCGGCAGCCGACGCAGGCACAACGGUCAGGAGAGCACGGCCAUGGUGCUGUCGUGGGGAAGUAGCAUGGUAUACUUACAAAUAGUACAACGCGUGAUGAAUUCACGACAACGCGAACUUUUCUUCACACUUCGUCUCUGCAACUCAUGUCGUCUGCGGUGCAGUACUAAAAACCGCAUUCUGAUGAGGUAAAGAGAAAGACGCGAUUAAAUUCUAAAAUACCUGAUGCUGAUGUUGAAUAAUUAUUCGGCCUCUCGAGUAGUAGUUCUUGCCAUUUUGAAUUACUUUGCCGUGUCCGUUUUUGUUGCGAGUUCUAUAUUCUUAUUGAUAUAUAGAUAUAUAAAGUGCUGCGGUGCCUCGUGGAUCGUUCUAGGGAUACUUUGUCUUUGCGACUCAUGCAGCUACUCCCGAUGCAAAUCGAUCCGCAAAAUGAGCCGGUAACUUCCUGUCCGGCAUGAUAUUUAUCAUAGUUAAUCGCAACGGCCAGCAGAGUCAUCAGAUGACUCUACAUCUGUUAUAGCAGAAGACAUCUGUCUCUGGCGGUGGCAUGUCUAUCUGUCGAGGAUGUCCACCAAUUAGAUAUCAAGACUUUUCUGCCCGUUCCGUUUUCAUUUCUUGUCUAUAGCGGUCGGGCGGAAAAUUUUUGCUGAACUUCACAGCUCUACUGAAAAGAUCAACAACAAGAACCUCAAUUCUAAUUCUUUUCUUUCCUAGAAAAAAAUAUAUAGUCCUCGUCAGCGAAGUUAGAAAUACGCUUCCCCUCCUGCUGGUGCUCUGUAACAGGAAUAAUCAGUAAGUACCAGUUGUAUGCGCAAGUAUCUUUCUUAGCUAAUGUUGUUUACAGACUUUCCCGCCCAUACAUGAUAGGUCUGUAAGCAGCGGAAGUUCUGAUUGAACUUGUAUUCAAGAGCUUUUUUUUUCGUGCGCAGACCUUCAUUCUCCUUCGCCUUUACUUUUGAGCUUCUCUUUUUUCACCCGCACCAUGCGUGCGAGAUGUGUAUCAAUUUGGUGUCUUUGAUGCUGGCGAACUACAAGAACUACUUCUUCUGCCUUAAUAAAAAUUAGAGUACUACAGAAGUGUGCAUAGCAAAGUCGAGCAAUUGCAAGAGCGAACUGUUACUUUGUUGAAUUGCAAUUAGGUGCUUUUACUUAUUAUUUGUUGGUAUGACGCAAUUUAUUUAAUUUCAAUGACCAACGCAACGCAAUUUUGUGCUCAUUGCCUUAUUUCUUCGCGAAAGGAUGGAUACGGAAGAGAGAGACGACAGCCAGUUCGUUUUUUGAGGCGCGGCGGCUGUGGAGAAGUGCAAGUAGUCAACUGGCGGGGUAUGCUGGCCUGUGUAACAAGGCA